AUGCAAAAGGCAAACCACACAGGACUAUCACACUUCCUCCUGUUGGGCCUCUCAGAGGAUCCAGAAAUUCAGUCCACUCUCUUUGGGUCUUUCCUGUCUAUAUACCUGGUCACAGUGCUUGGAAACCUGCUCAUCAUCUUGGUUAUUACCUGUGACUCCCACCUCCACACCCCCAUGUACUUCUUCCUCUGUAACCUCUCCUUUGUGGACAUUGGCUUCAUUUCCACCACAGUCCCAAAGAUGCUGGUGAACAUUCAGACACAGAGCAAAGACAUCUCCUACAUGGAAUGCAUCACUCAGGCAUUCUCUUUUAUGACAUUUCUCGGAGUGGAUGACUUCCUAUUGACUGUGAUGGCCUAUGACCGCUUUGUGGCCAUCUGUCACCCCCUAAGAUACACACUCAUCAUGAACCCUCGGCUCUGUGGCUCUCUGGUUCUUAUGUCCUGGUUCAUCAUCUUAUGGGUAGAUCUGACUCAUAUUCUCCUGCUGAUGCGGCUCACCUUCUCUACAGGCACUGAAAUCCCUCAUUUCUUUUGUGAACUUCCUCAGGUUCUCAAAGUGGCCAGAUCUGAUACUCUAACGAAUAACAUCUUUCUUAAUGUGUUAACUGUCCUAUUGGGUUUGUUUCCUGUCUCUGGAAUCAUCUUCUCUUAUUUUCAGAUUAUCUCUUCUUUAAUGAAGAUGUCCUCCACUGCAAGCAGAUAUAAAGCAUUUUCCACCUGUGGAUCUCACCUCUGUGUGGUCUCACUGUUCUAUGGAACAGCACUUGGGGUGUACCUCAGUUCAGCUGUGACCCAUUCUUCCCACAAAAGCUCUGUUGCCUCUGUGAUAUAUGCUGUGGUGACGCCCUUGCUUAACCCUUUCAUCUACAGCCUGAGGAACAAGGAUAUGAUGGGGGCCUUGGGAAGACUCCUCAGGAGAGCAGUCUCUUAUCUUCCAUGGACUAGUGUCUUCAGAAGUACAGGAAUAUUACUGUGCCUAAGGAAAAUAUUGUAA